AAUGAAAAGGGUAGAGAAUCCCGAAGAGUACAUUCGUUUGGAAAUAACUGGGUGGGUCAUAACCAUGAAUCGGUAUUAAAAAAAUCCGUCGAUUUUCAUGUUUUGUGAUUUUUUUCGAAUUGGAUAAACUUUUAUCAUUUUGGAUACUUGUGUUACCUGCUUUGGGAUAUAAGUAAAUUUUCGAAACGGAUUAAUUUAUAAUUAAUUCAAUUUAGGGCUAAAAUGUUAAUUAUAGGACGGUGGAUAAUAACUUCGAUGGCAGUUAGAAUUUUGAUUGCUUUGCUUUUCUUUGAAUGUAUUGCUUCAUCAACAACAAUAGAUACCACUGCUAUCACGACUGUUAAAACAGAAACUACAACUGCUGUAACGACAGAAACAACUGCAGUUACUGCGGAAACUACAACUGGUGUUACAACAGAAACUACAACUGAUGUAACGACAGAAACAACGUCAAAUACUACAGAAACCACGGCUAAUGUGGUGACAGAAACAACUGCAAUUACUGCGGAAACUACAACUGGUGUUACAACAGAAACUACAAUUGAUGUAACGACCGAAACAACGGCAAAUACUGCAGAUACUACAACUGAUGGUACAACAGAAACCACAACUGAUAUGGCGACAGAAACUACAACUGAUGUAACGACAGAAACAACGUCAAAUACUGCAGAUACUACAACUGAUGGUACAACAGAAACCACAACUGAUAUGGCUACUGAAACUACAACUGAUGCAACGACAGAAACAACUGCAAUUACUACAAAAACUACAUCUGAUGUUACAACAGAAACUACGACUGAUGUAACGAUAGAAACAACGUCAGAUACUGCAGAAACUACAACUGAUUUUACAACAGAAACCACAACUGAUGUGGCGACAGAAACUACAACUGAUGUUACUACCAUAAAAACAACAACAGAGGCAACAACUUUAGAAACAACAACUGAGGCAACAACAUUAGAAACAACAACAGAUGCAACGACAUUAGAGACAACAUCAGAGGUUAUAACGCUAGAAACUACAACUGAGGCAACUACAUUAGAAACUACAACAGAAGCAACAACAUUAGAAACUGCAACUGAAGCAACAACUCUAGAAACUACAACUGAGGCAACAACAUUAGAAACAACCACAGAGGCAAUAACUUUUGAAACCACAACUGAGGCAACUACAUUAGAAACAACAACAGAUGCAACAACUAUAGAAACUACCACAGAUGCAACAACUCUAGAAACUACAACUGAGGCAACUACAUUAGAAACUACCACAGAGGCAACAACUUUAGAAACCACAACCGAGGAAACUACAUUAGAAACUACAACAGAUGCAACGACCUUAGAAACAACCACAGAGGCAACGACCUUCGAAACUACCACAGAACCAACUACCUUGGAAACUACAACAGAGGCGUCUAUAUUGGAAACUACAACUGAUGCAUCAACAUUAGAAACUACAACCGAGGCAACAACUCUAGAGACUACAACUGAGGCAACAACUUUAGAAACCACAACCGAGGCAACUACAUUAGAAACUACCACAGAGGCAACUUCCUUAGAAACUACAACAGAGGCUACAACGUUAGAAACCAUAACUGAGGCAACGACAUUAGAAACUACCACAGAGGCAACAACUUUAGAAACCACAACCGAGGCAACUACAUUAGAAACAACAACAGAUGCAACGACAUUAGAGACAACAUCAGAGGUUAUAACGCUAGAAACUACAACUGAGGCAACUACAUUAGAAACUACAACAGAAGCAACAACAUUAGAAACUGCAACUGAAGCAACAACUCUAGAAACUACAACUGAGGCAACGACCUUAGAAACAACUACAGAGGUAACUUCAUUAGAAACAACCACAGAGGCAACUACAUUUGAAAAUACAACAGAACCAACGACAUUAGAAACUACAACAGAGGCAACAACAUUAGAAACUACUACAGAUGCAACUACCUUAGAAACUACUACAGAUGCAACUACCUUAGAAACUACUACAGAUGCAACGACAUUAGAAACAACCACAGAGGCAACUACAUUAGAAACUACAACAGAUGCAACAGCAUUAGAAACUACCACAGAGGCCACUACCUUAGAAACUACAACAGAAGCAUCUACCUUGGAAACUACAACAGAGGCGUCUACAUUAGAAACUACAACUGAGUCAACAACAUUAGAAACUACAACCGAAGCAACAACUCUAGAAACUACUACUGAGGCAACUACAGUAGAAACUACCACAGAAGCAACUACAUUAGAAACUACCACAGAGGCAACAACUUUAGAAACCACAACCGAGGCAACUACAUUAGAAACUACAACAGAUGCAACUACCUUAGAAACUACAACAGAAGCAACAACUUUAGAAACCACGACUGAGGCAACUACUUUAGAAACUACCACAGAUGCAACAACUUCAGAAACAACAACUGAGGCAACAACAUUAGAAACUACUACAGAUGCAACUAACUUAGAAACUACCACAGAACCUUCUACAUUAGAAACUACAACAGAUGCAACUACCUUAGAAACUACAACAGAAGCAACAACUUUAGAAACCACGACUGUGGCAACUACUUUAGAAACUACCACAGAUGCAACAACUACAGAAACAACAACUGAGGCAACAACAUUAGAAACUACUACAGAUGCAACUACCUUAGAAACUACCACAGAACCAUCUACAUUAGAGACUACAACAGAGGCAACAACUAUAGAAACUACAACCGAUGCAACAACAUUAGAAACUACUACAGAUGCAACUACCUUAGAAACUACCACAGAACCAACUACAUUAGAAACUACAACUGAGGCAACAACUAUAGAAACUACAACUGAUGCAACAACAUUAGAAACUACUACAGAUGCAACUACCUUAGAAACUACAACAGAAGCAACAACCUUGGAAACAACAACAGAGGCGAUUACAUUAGAAACUACCACAGAGGCAACUACAUUAGAAACUACAACAGAGGCUACAACUUUAGAAACCACAACUGAGGCAACAACUAUAGAAACUACAACUGAUGCAACAACAUUAGAAACUACUACAGAUGCGACUACCUUAGAAACUACCACAGAACCAACUACAUUAGAAACUACAACAGAGGCAACAACUAUAGAAACUACAACUGAUGCAACAACAUUAGAAACUACUACAGAUGCAACUACCUUAGAAACUACAACAGAAGCAACAACCUUGGAAACAACAACAGAGGCGACUACAUUAGAAACUACAACUGAGUCAACAACAUUAGAAACUACAACCGAAGCAACAACUUUAGAAACCACAACCGAGGCAACUACAUUAGAAACUACAACAGAGGCAUCUACCUUACAAACUACCACAGAGGCAACUACAUUAGAAACUACAACUGAGGCAACAACAUUAGAACCUACCACAGAGGCAACAACCUUAGAAACCACAACAGAUGCAACAACUAUAGAAACAACUACAGAGGCAACUACAUUAGAAACUACAACUGAUGCAACAACAUUAGAAACUACUACAGAUGCAACUACCUUAGAAACUACAACAGAAGCAACAACCUUGGAAACAACAACAGAGGCGACUACAUUAGAAACUACAACUGAGUCAACGACAUUAGAAACUACAACAGAGGCAACAACUUUAGAAACCACAACCGAGGCAACUACAUUAGAAACUACAACAGAGGCAUCUUCCUUACAUACUACCACAGAGGCAACUACAUUAGAAACUACAACUGAGGCAACAACAUUAGAAACUACCACAGAGGCAACAACCUUAGAAACCACAACUGAGGCAACUACAUUAGAAACUACUACAGAGGCAACAACUACAGAAACAACUACAGAGGCAACAACAUUAGAAACUACAACUGAUGCAACAACAUUAGAAACUACUACAGAUGCAACUACCUUAGAAACUACAACAGAUGCAACGACCUUAGAAACAACCACAGAGGCAACUACAAUAGAAACUACCACAGAGGCAACAACUACUAAAACUACAACUGAUGCAACAACAUUAGAAACUACUACAGAUGCAACUACUUUAGAAACUACAACAGAUGCAACGACCUUAGAAACAACCACAGAGGCUUCUACAUUAGAAACUACCACAGAGGCAACAACUACAGAAACUACAACUGAUGCAACAACAUUAGAAACUACUACAGAUGCAACUACCUUAGAAACUACAACAGAUGCAACGACCUUAGAAACAACCACAGAGGCAACUACAUUAGAAACUACCACAGAGGCAACUACAUUAGAAACUACAACAGAGGCUACAACUUUAGAAACCACAACUGAGGCAACUACAUUAGAAACUACCACAGAGGCAACUAUCUUACAAACUACCACAGAGGCAACUACAUUAGAAACUACAACUGAGGCAACAACAUUAGAAACUACCACAGAGGCAACAACCUUAGAAACAACAACAGAUGCAACAACUAUAGAAACAACUACAGAGGCAACUACAUUAGAAACUACAACUGAGGCAACGACCUUAGAAACUACAACUGAGGCAACUACAGUAGAAACUACCACAGAAGCAACUACAUUAGAAACUACCACAGAGGCAACAACUUUAGAAACCACAACCGAGGCAACUAUAUUAGAAACCACAACAGAUGCAACUACCUUAGAAACUACAACAGAGGCUACAACGUUAGAAACCACAACUGAGGCAACGACAUUAGAAACUACUACAGGUGCAACGUCAUUAGAAACAACAACUGAAGCAACAACAUUAGAAACUACAACACAGACAACAACAUCAGAAACUACAACAGCUGCAACGACUUUAGAAACCACAACUGAGACAACACCAUUAGAUAUCACAACCCAGCCAGUCACUACAACAUUGUCAACAACAACUUCUACACAAACAACAACCUCAGUACAGACAACAUCUGCUGCAGCACGUGCCUCAGACUUCAUGGCAUUCGGAGAACCAACUGCUGAUUCCCGACUUUAUGGAGAUGACGUAUCAACUAAUAAUCUUAGAUGUUUCACAUCAAUUCCUUUCUUGGGUGACAGUUACAGCUACUUGACAUUUUCUUCAAAUGGUCUAGCAUGCAUGGGAUGCAGAUAUACUUCUUAUGUUCCAAGAGAAUUGAACGUGGUUUCAGAUCGAGAUAUAAUAGCUGCAUUAUGGACAGAUUUGGUUGUAUCUAGCUCAACUGAGAAGAUGUAUUAUCAUCUCUAUAGUGACGAUGAUGAUUUUGGAAAUCGAACUCUGAUUGAUUCAGUUUUGAAUAAAGUUUCUUCUAAUGUCAAUUAUUACUCUCAAACAAGUGACUUUUCAGCAUCUUGUGUGUAUGUUGCGACAUGGGAAAAUGCAAGGCUAUAUGGUGAUAUUAAAACUGUAACAUUUCAAUUUAUUUUGGCAACAAAUGGUGCAAAGACCUAUGCUUACUCGUUGUUUAGGGAUGUAAAUAUACUGCUUCCACCUGGUGGCAGACAAUGCGCUAUAGGAUAUUCUGGAUUAGGUGGAUCGUCAUCAAGUAUAUACUCCUUCACACGAAGUGCCUUUGACGUUAGUGAAUUUAGAGGGAACACAUUUGAUGGUGUAAAUGGUGUAUUUUUUAUGUCACUUAAUGCAGAGGGUCUAAUAAUGCCAAAGAACCCAGCUUCUCAGUGUGUGAGGUGGUAUCGUAGGAAUGUUAAUUCAGUUAGAUGGAGCUUGAGAAAUCAGAGAUGGUGGUUGUCUCAGAUUUGUCCGUGCAAUCAGAGAAUGCUGGUUUUUGAUGGAAGAUUUUAUUUCUUUUCGUAUCAAAAUGGUGCUGUGUGCUUUGCCAACUACAGAUUUGGUACCAGUCGUAUUUGCUGCUAUCACCAGUUCUAUGGGUUCCUUCUUAGGAAUCGUCCAGAUGCUGGUACAAUGGUCACAGGGAAUCCUUUUACUGAUAUUGUUACAUACCAAAGUGAUAAUGUUAUCCCUAAAGAAAAUUGUUGUGUCAAAUCAAAUAAUUGUCAUCUCUACUACACAGUAAGACCAGUGGGAUUUUGUUACAGGAGGUCACCAUUUGGUAUAUUCUUUACUUUUGGGGAUCCUCAUGUUGACACAUUGGAUGGAUUUCAAUACACAUUUAAUGGCUGGGGUGAAUACACAAUGAUGAAAAUUGAAAAUGAAAAUGUAACCUUCGAAGUUCAAGCUAGAACAGAUUUAGCUACUUCAAAGAAUGGAACUGAACUGAAGAAAAUAAAUGCUACUAUAUUUAGUGGAUUUGCUGCAAAAGAAGAUGGAAAUGCCUCUAUGCAAGUAGAACUAGCCAGUGAUUUGGAAACAUUGGUAGUUUAUGGUAACGGAAAUGACUACACAACACAGUUCAAUACUGAAGAAAACUUUGCUGUUUUUCUAACUGGCAUCGUGUUGAGACGCCAAAAUCAUACACUUGCUGUUGCUUUCUCUGAGUCAGGGAUUCAGUUAAAUUUUCAGGUAAAAACUCGGCAGUUGACUUUGUCAGCAUCAGUACCUGAGGAUUUUAAAAGUCAAGUUACAGGUCUUAUGGGAAACUUUGAUGGCGACAAAACCAAUGAAUUUGUAUUACCAAAUGGAACUAUACUUUCAUCUAGUGAUGUUGAUUCUGAAAGAAAAAUCUAUAACAAUUUCGGUCAGCUGUGGGAGACAACUGCAGCUAAUUCAAUAUUUGAGUAUACUGAUGGGAAAUCCUGGACUGAUUACAGUCAUCAAGAGUUUGUUCCAUUGUUUAUUGAUGAAUUUGAUAAUACUACCCUCCAGUCAGCUUAUGCCAUCUGUGGUGGCAAGAGUGACCAAUAUAAAGCUUGUAUCUUUGAUUUCCUGGCAACUGGUGAUCAAUCAUUUGCUGAUGAUACUCAAUCAACAAAUGCAGAAGCUGAGUCUGAAACUGCACAAUUACAAAAUGAGGCACCAGAAAUAACUGGAGAAGAAUCUAUCAAAGUAGUAGUAAAUCAAUCUAUAAUGUUUAACUUCUCUGGUCAGGAUGAUAAAGCAGAUUUUAGAUACAAUAUAAUAGAUCAGCCAGGUGAAGGCACUUUCACAUCUGAUAAUUCUACAGGAAAUCUGACAUUAACAUGGACACCUGCAAGUCUCAAUACAGAAAAAAUCAGGGUAACUACUGUAGACAGUGAUGGAGUAACAGCAGAUGCUAUCGAGGUGGUGAUUAUUAUGUGUAGCGGAUGUUCCGGUGACCAAGGAACAUGUGAUUAUGACACUCUCAGAAAUGAAACCAAUCCCAACUUCUUGAUUGCCUCAUGUAACUGUACUACUGGUUGGUCUGGUGAUGACUGUGAAAUUGAUUCAAAUGGUUGUGCUGAUAACCCAUGUGCUUUAGGACGUACCUGUAUAGAUUUAUUACCAGCUGAUGAAGUUUUAUUUGUUCGUGGUUACAACUGCUCUAAUUGUCCAGAAGGCUAUAAUAUUACAGCUGAUGAAAAGUGUGAAGAUAUAAAUGAAUGUUUAGAUGGAACAAAUAACUGUCCAGCAAACAGUAAUUGUACAAACACAGAUGGAAGCUUUACAUGCAUCUGUCUGGAAGGGUUCAGAAAAGUUGGUUCUGAAUGUCAAGACAUUGACGAAUGCACUGAAAGAACAAGUGGUUGUGAACAGAUUUGUGCUAAUAGCGAAGGAAGCUUUACAUGUAGUUGUGUGUAUGGAUUUGAGCUGGUAGCUGACGGUAGCUGUAAUCAAACAAUAUUUGAUGUCUGUGCACUGCAGAAUUUAACCUGUAGUUAUGGUUGUGAUAAUACUACAAAUCCAGGAACAUGGGAGUGCAUAUGUGCCGAAGGGUAUCAACUUGAUAGUGGCAGUGGCAAUUGUUCUAAUAUCAAUGAAUGUGAUGCUAAUGUAUGUACACAGAACUGCCAGGAUACUGUUGGUAGCUAUAUCUGUUCCUGUUAUACAGGCUUCAAAUUAAAUGCUGAUAAAACGUCUUGUUCAGCCUGUGUGAGUCCAUUUUAUGGUGACAAUUGUGCAAGCCAAUGUAGCUGUGGACCAGGAGCCAUAAGAUGUGAUCCAAGUCGUGGAUGUGUUUGUAACAGUGCUUGGACAGGAACUAAUUGUGACGUUGAUGUCAAUGAAUGUGUAGAAACUCCAGGCAUAUGUCAAUCUACUGACAAGACUUGUGUAAACGAAGAUGGUGGCUAUGAAUGUAGUUGUACAUCUGGUUAUGAAAAAGAGUCUGCAGAUGACAGUGUUCCUUGUGCAGAUAUAAAUGAAUGUAGUAGUGCAACAACAAACAAUUGUUCAGCAACUAUUUCAACGUGUCAAAAUACAGGUGGUGGAUAUACCUGUAGAUGUAACACUGGCUACCAAACGAAAAAUGAUUAUGAAUGUGAAGAUGUAAACGAAUGCACAACAGAGUCUGAUGAUUGUGAACAAGACUGUGUCAAUACUGUGGGAAGUUAUAACUGUCGAUGUUUUUUUGGUUAUGAAAUCAAAACUGACAGAAAAACUUGCAAACAAGUGUCUGAUCCAUGUGGUACCCUGAGUAACCUGACCUGUAGUUAUGCAUGCAGACUAUUAGAAAGCACAGCAUUUUGUUAUUGUCAAUCUGGAUAUGUACUACAGGCUGAUAACCAGACUUGUACAGAUGUAAAUGAAUGUGCAGAUAACAGUAAAAAUCUGUGUACAGAUAAGACAACUUGCACCAAUAUAGCAGGAAGUUUCCAAUGUAGUUGUCCAAUUGGUCAGUUCUUGGAGAACGAUCAAAGAACUUGUUCAAAUUGUGAUCAGUUUCACUGGGGUGAUAACUGUAAUAAUACAUGUAACUGUGGCACUGGGGCAGAGAGGUGUGACAGAAUUACUGGAUGUGUGUGUAAAUCAGGAUGGCAGGGGACCAAGUGUGAUGCUGAUAUCAAUGAGUGUAAUAUAAGGAACCCAUGUGAUACCUCUGCCAACCAAAUAUGUGUCAACACACCUGGUGCCUUUGUUUGCAAGUGUGUGACUGGUUAUCAGAAUGGAACAGGAACCUGUACUGAUAUAAACGAGUGUGAUAACAAUCCAUGUGAUCAAUUAUGUACUAAUACAGAUGGUAGCUAUACAUGUAGUUGCAGAAACGGCUUUACAAAAGAUGCUAAUGAGAAAUGUCAAGAUAUCAAUGAAUGUGACACAACCUUGAACAAGUGUGACCAGAACUGCCUUAAUACUCCUGGAAGUUAUAAAUGUUCUUGUAAUGAUGGAUACAUACUCAGUCCAACAGACCAGAGGACAUGCACAAUUAAGACCCAAUGUUCCGAUUCCAAUUGUACUGACCCAGGAACUUGUGCUGUCAAAUCGGAUGGAUUGGAAUACUGUACAUGUCCAACAGGAUACAAUCUAACAAUGAUGGCUGAUAAUAUAACUGGAAUCUGUGAAAACAUCAAUGAGUGUGAGCCAAACAAUCCAUGUGCUAAUGAGUGUACAGAUAAAACACCAGGGUAUGAAUGCUCCUGUACAAAAAAUGGUACAAAACUGGACAGUGAUGAACAGAGUUGUACAGCUUGUGCUGAAGGAGAAUGGGGACAAAACUGUGUUGAAAACUGUACAUGUGUGAUAGCAAACGCCAAUUCUUGUAAUAAAACAGAUGGAAGUUGUAAUUGUAAAACUGGCUGGGAGGGUGGUAAUUGUGAAUCAGAUGUUAAUGAAUGCAGCAACACAACAAGCAACACAGCAAUUUGUCAGGCUAAUUCCAUGUGUGAAAACACCAAUGGAUCCUAUGUUUGUGUCUGUAAUGAUGGUUAUGUUAACUCUGGAGAUGUUUGUAUAGAAUGUGGUUCCAACACAUUUGGUCAAAACUGUGCCCAGAGCUGUAGCUGUGAUGUAGCCAAUACAGAUUCCUGUAACAAUGUCGAUGGCAGUUGUUCUUGUAAAACUGGGUGGAAUGGAACUACCUGUUCUGAGGAUGUUGAUGAGUGCACACAUACUCCUUAUAUAUGUAACACUACAUCUAAUUCUCAAUGUAACAAUUUAAAUGGUACCCAUGAAUGCAAUUGUGUGACUGGUUACCAGAAAAUAGCUGAUGGAAGUUGCCAAGAAUGUGGCAGUGCAAACUAUGGUGACAGCUGUUCUCAGGCUUGUACUUGUAUUGUUUCCAAUACACUGGACUGCAACAAUGUUAAUGGUAGUUGUACUUGUAAAAAUGGAUGGAAUGGAACCAUCUGUGAAGUGGACAUAGACGAAUGUGAUGAUGAUGCAACAAUUUGUAACAGCAUACCCCUUACAACUUGUAAGAAUACAGUUGGUUCUUACGAUUGUGCCUGUAAUGCUGGAUAUCAGAAAAAUGCUUCUGAUCACUGUGACAAAUGUGCCAGUACAAAGUAUGGAGAUGGCUGUUCUCAGGACUGUACUUGUAUUGCUGCCAAUACGUUAGAAUGUAACAAUGUAAAUGGUAGUUGCACUUGCAAAAAUGAAUGGAAUGGAACCAAUUGUGAUUUGGAUGUAGAUGAAUGUGUUAAUGCAACACUUUGUGACAGCAUUCCCCUUACAACUUGUCAGAAUACAAAUGGUUCUUACGAUUGUGUCUGUAAUGUUGGAUAUCAGAAAAAUGCUUCUGAUCUCUGUGACAACGUUAAUGAAUGUGGAAAUAGUGCUUUGUAUAACUGUACAGAGAAUUCUUCCUGUGUUGACACAGAUGGCAGUUAUAUUUGUGUUUGUGACACAGGGUAUACUGAUCAAGGCGAUCUGAAUUGCACAGAAUUCACAACAUAUCUAGCUAUUACAACUGAAGCUGUAACUACAUCUGGAACUACUCAAACAACAGGAAGAGUUGAACCAACUACUGAAACCACCAUGGUUGUUGUCACUGUCACACAAGACACUUCAACACAAAAUUUAUCCAACACAAUAACCAGUACAGAAAGUGAUACAACAAAAUAUGAUACCGAAACUUCGACAGAAAGUUUGACUGUCACAGAGAAUACUGGCACAACAAUAAGUGGCAAGGCAUCCACAGAAGACACAGCAACACAAACCUCUGCAACUACCACAGAAAGCUAUCUAGCCACUAGUCAAAGCGAAACUACACCAGGCAGUGGUACUUCCACACAAAACACAGCAACACAAGGUGUCACAACCAUACAACCCACUGAAAUCACAACAAAAAGUGAUUUAUCCACACAGAGUAUAGAGAUCACAUCAGACAGUGUCACUGCAACUCAAAGAUCUGGAACAAGUACAGGAAGUGUCACAGUCAUUAGUAAUACUGAAGCCACCACAGACAGUGUCACAGUCAUUGAUAAUACUGAAGCCACAACAGACAGUGUCACAGUCAUUGAUAAUACUGAAGCCACCACAGACAGUGUCACAGUCAUUUAUAAUACUAAAGCCACCACAGACAGUGUCACAGUCAUUGAUAAUACUGAAGCCACCACAAACAGUGUCACAGUCAUUAAUAAUACUGAAGCCACCACAAACAGUGUCACAGGAACACAAGACAUGACAACACAAGGAUCUGGAACUAGUACCGAAAGUGGCAUGGCGAUCAAUAAUACUAAAACAACAACAGACAGUGCCCCUAGUACAACAAACACUGUAGUACAAGGUACUGAAACCACCACAGAAAGUCCCACUGCCACUCACAUCACUGAUCCACAAGGUUCAGAAACCAGUACAGAAAGUAGUAUGGCCACACAAGACACUAAAACCACAACAGCUAUGCUGUCUGGUACACAGACGACUGAGGAUUCUAGAGUGACAACACAAGAAAUAUCCACAGUUGAUAUCUCCAGUAGUGAAGCCACAUCAUCAACAGUCCAUUCUACAGCUCUAGAAACCACAACUGAAGGAAUCACUACACAAGAAGCUACAACAAAAAAAGCUACCACAACACAAGAGGUGACAACUCAAGAGGUUACCACACUGAAGACAACAACUCCGGAAGCAACCACCAAGGUUGUCACAACAAAAAGUGUGACAACUGAAAAAGCAACAAUACAAGAAACAACAACUGAAAAAGCAACAACACAAGGAGCAACAACCAAAGAUGCCACAACUACAGAAGCCACUAAUGCUGCCAAAACUACAGUGAGUGUUCCAACAACAACAUAUACACCUGUAUCUGGUGAAUUAAAAGUAGAUAUAGUCCUGACAAUAGAUGUAGAGCCAACUGGAAAUUUAUCCAAUGAAAAUACUGAGUACUAUCAACAAUUAUUUAAUGAGACUUUGUUAGUGCUGACUACUUACUACAAUUCUUCAGCUGCAACAAAAGACAAUUUCAUUAAAGUAGUUUUGUAUAAAAUAAGCAAGGGAAGUUUAGUUGUGAAUCAUGCAGUCAUAAUGAAUUCAACAACUACAACUGCUCAAAAUCAGGUUGCUGCUGCCACUAAUAAUCUUGUAAAUGGUGGUGAUCAACUGACAUUUGGUGCAGGUCAAACUACUCCGGUUACAGCUGGUGCCACUAAUGCUGCCAUUUAUACAGCAGGAGGAAAUAACGCUACAGUUACAAAAUCUACAACUAUUUGUGUUACAUUCAACACAUUGCAAACAUGUCCAACAAAUCAGGAAUGUUCUGUGGAUAGUAAUGGCGUACCAUAUUGCGUGCCACUUGAGAGUAAAGAUAAUUUCCCACUGAUAGUAGGCCUUGGCGUUGGAAUUCCUUUGUUUUUCAUCGUCCUAGCAUUAAUCAUAGUCCUAUGUGUAUAUAACAGUAAACGUCAUAAUAAUAAAUCAUUAGAAGAUGAUGAUUUAGACAGAACAAUGCCUGCUCAUGAGGGAUUUUUCACUGGUGCUAUACCUGGUCGAUUCAAUAGCUGGAAUCGCCCUGCAGAUGGUGCAUUCCAUGGUCGCUGGGAUGACGAGUCUCUAGAUUCAGGAGGAGCAUAUGAUAAUGAGAUGUUUAGGGGAAAAGAUCCCUAUGUAUAUGAUAACAAUAAAGGAGGAAAACCUGCUCAUUUUUCAUGGGAUUUUAUUUUCCAAAGUUUACCUGGAAAUGGUCAGUAUCGUAUAAAGAGGCCAGAAGCAGAAACAAAACCUAACCCAGUUUUUUCAAAGAAAGGUGGAGGUCCGUCAACUAAUGCAUAGAUGACUUAGGAUAGUUAAAUGAAUUUUAACAAAUGUUCCUCUAAGAGGGCUUCCAUAUAACCCAUGUGCCAAUAUUAGAGAUAUUCUUCAUCUAAUGAAAUAGAGACAAGAAAACAUUGACAUUGAAUAUGUGCUUUUUGAAUUAUGUAAUCAUGAUAUUAUAUAUUCCGAUGUCAAAAGUAUGUUUAAAGUGAUUUGUGAAAUCAGUAAAAAGUAAUAAAUUGCAUAUAUUUUAAAAUAAUGAUCUUUAAUACUUGACUGCUGCUCAAUUGUAAUUAAUUUACAGGUAAAUUUUAAAAUAUAAUAACUGAUAUAUUGUAAAAAAAAAAGAAUGAAAAAUGUGUUUUCGAACUGAAAAUACUUUAUAAGAGAACAUAACACAGGUGUUUUCUGAUGUAUAGAAACAAGGCAGGUAUUUUGGUGUAAAUUAAUUUGUGGAUAUUUAUACAGGGUUUUAUAAUGUAAAACUGUGAAUAUGAUAUAUAUGAAAAUAUCAGUAGCUAAUUAUAUCAGACAGAUUCAUUUUAAUGGCAAUUCAUGUAUAAAGGAAUAAAUGUGAUUAUGUGAAAUAGGGAACUUGUUUUUUUCACUGUCUUUAUUUUUUCUUCACAAUUUAUCAUCAUUUUUAGUCUAACAUCACAUCUUGAUCAUCAUUUUUAGUAGUUUUUUGUUUUUGAUUUUUCUCAUUUUGUUAGAACAAUCAUUAUUUUACAUCGAAUAUUUAGUGUGAACACUUUAAAAGACAACUUUUUCCCUUAUUGGAAACAAGCAAUACUUCUAUUGCACUUAUGCCCAAAGAUUGUUAUGUACAGAAAUAGAUGUUUUCAUACUGAUUUAUUGAAAAAUUGCGUUGAAAUUCUCUCAAAAGGGAUUUUUGGGAAAGGCCAGUUUUGGGAUUAUAAAUCCAGAUUUGACAUUAUAAAUUUUAAUAUUGUCAUUGCAGAAUCUUGUAUCCCAUAUGAUGUUUUUUUUUCAAUAUUGCUAUUUUCAAAAAACUAUUUCAUAUUCUUAAGAUUUUGUUUUCAAUAAAUUAUGAACUUGACAGGUGCUAUCUAAAUACCUUAUCCAUCAAGUUUCUUCCCUGAUAAUUUAAAAAAAAAACUUUCUCUAUAUUUGUUGUUCAAAAGUGUUUCAAAAAUUUGUUGACAACGAAAUCUAUAGGCAUACUCAUUCCAUAAUGCCUGUUCUUCCGUUUGAUCUUUUUGCUAAUGGUUGGAAAUUUCCACUAUUUUAUAAAUCUUUCCUUACAAUAAUUUUAUAUUUGACCUUUUAUACAAGCCAACUUGUAAGAAUUUACUAUUAAACUGAAGUGCCGUGUGAUAUCUUCUUUUUUUUAAUUUGUUCAUCAUUGAGUUUACUUUAUAUAUGUAAAUGAAUGUGAUUGAUGUUAGAUAGGCGAAUGGAUGUAAUUUUUGAGAAUAAGUGCAAUCAUCUUAUAAUGUAACAUUUACUUUAUCCAAUCAAAUUGUAUAAACAUUAUAUGCAUUUUAUUUUGCUAUUUGUAAUGAUGUAUAUAAGCAUUUAGGUUUACACCUCAGGGAUUUAGAUUUGUUUAAUCAUUUGGUACAUCUCUGGUAGUAUCCAUCAAAAAUAGUAUCAAAGCAUGCUUUGGUUAAUCCAUAUACCCAGUAACAAUGAUUUGUCAAAAUAGUAACCUUCUUUUGCUAUAGUUUUUAAAAACAAAAUAUGUGAAAAUUCAAAAAUAUAAAUCAAAAUAUGGUUCUUAUCCGAACAGUGGUGAUUUAUCACAAGUCUUUCACCUUUUAUUAUUCUACAUAAGCUUUACUUUCAAUCAUUGAUUCAACCUCAUUUCAAAUUGUAAGUGCAAUAUUUUUUAUAAUCAUAUUUGGAAUAGUUCUUUUAGAUACAUUUCCUACAUGGAAAGCUUGCAUAGUUUCUUCAUCCUUUAUAGUUGUAGACACUGUAAACUGCUUUUUAUCAUUUGUAUUAUAAGUUAUAUCAUACCAGGAAUAGUAACAAUAGCAUAAAACACUUUAAGUGAUAACUAAUAACUUACCUAGUGCUUACAGAUAAAAAAAACUUUUUCAAGAUUGAUUUAUAAAAAUAUAGUCCCCUAUUGUUAUGACUACUAUCAAAUACAUAUUAAUUUACAUGUUCAUCCUCAUAUAACAAAAUUGUAUGAUAAAUAUAUUGUUUUUCGUUCAAAUCUCUGUUAUGCCUGUCUCUAAAAUCAUAGACAUUGUUAAAUGUAUUUUUAAGUGUUAUUUGAUUUUAUUGAUGUUUGGUUUUUAUAUUAUUUAAAACAAAUUAUAUGAUUAUGGAAAUACAUUUGAUUAUAGGAAUAUGUUUUAUUCAGCGUUUUUAGAUGUGAUUAUCAGUUACUUAACAUGAAAUUGUAAUUUUCCAAUGAAAUAUGAUUUCAUAUCAUAUUUUUUUGAAUAUGGUAAAAUAAAAAAUAGCGGACAAUAUGUAUUAAUUGUAAGCAGUUUAUCAAGCAAUAGUUGUUAUUAGAUUUGGAAUUCUAGCAUAUGUAUAUAUAGUAAUAAGGUCCAUAGUUACUUGUCUUUGAAAUAUUGUUAUAUUAUGCAUUUAUAUUUUAAGAAAAAAAAUCAAAAUUUAUUUAUACAUUAUAUAUUCAAAUAUAAAAUUAAAAAUAUUUUUAUAA